UAAAAAGCAUCCUGCAAGUGCAGACCCACCAAAGGAAAAUCUUCCUAUAAAGUUCAACACUUUUCUUCCCUUAUUAAACCCCUGCCCUUUUCUUGCUUAAUAAUUGUGUAUACUUCUACAAGGAGAAAAGCCCUUAUUCCCUCUCUUCAGCCACCAUGACAGGGGAAGCCGUGAAUCCAAAAGCAUACCCAUUGGCAGAUGCUCAAUUAACAAUUACAAUUAUGGACCUUGUUCAACAAGCUGCUAAUUACAAGCAACUUAAAAAGGGCGCUAAUGAAGCAACAAAAACUCUGAAUAGAGGUAUUGCUGAGUUUGUAGUUAUGGCUGCUGACACUGAGCCUUUGGAAAUUCUUCUGCAUCUUCCUUUACUUGCUGAAGACAAGAAUGUUCCAUAUGUUUUUGUGCCCUCAAAGCAAGCCCUUGGCCGUGCAUGUGGUGUAACUAGGCCAGUGAUUGCUUGUUCUGUUACCUCUAAUGAAGGAAGUCAAUUGAAAACGCAGAUCCAACAACUCAAGGACGCUAUUGAGAAACUAUUGAUUUGAGGGGUGAUUAGAUGCCUGUUCGGAGUGAUAGGUCUCUUGGAUUGUAAACGUCUGCUCCUUGGAGGCUUUGACUGAUGAAGUUGUUUGUGCCGAUAGGGGAUAGUCUUUUUUUCUCUUUUAUUCAAUAUUUUUGAAGACGGAAUAUUGAAAUACUUGAUUUGUGAUGUGAGCUAAAUUUAUAUUCUAUUGUUGGUGAUGAAUGAAAAUUUGAAACUUUAUUUCCUUUUGAGGUUACCUUUUUUUGUCUUGCCAA